AUGCGAGGUCUAACUCUCGUGUUAUUUUUCGCUCUUUUAGCUCUUUGUGCUGCCGUUCAGCCAAGUUAUUCUGAAAAUCGUGGUAGUCAUUACAGACUUUUACGCAAGAAAACUUUGAAGCAACAGAUUGAUGAUGCUUUCGAUCAAUGGGACGAUUUUAAGAUCAAAUUUGAUAAGUCGUACGAAGAAGAUGAGGAGAAUGAAUACAUGGAAGCUUUCGUGAAGAACGUAAUUCACAUUGAAGAACAUAACAAAAAUCUGCGUUUUGGCACCAAGUCUUUCCAACUUGGCCUUAAUGAACUUGCCGAUUUGCCCUUUUCUGAGUACAGAAAACUGAACGGGUUCCGUAAUCAUAGAAUGUAUGGAGAUAGACUUAUCAGAAAUUCCUCCACUUGGCUACGUCCGUUCAAUGUCGAUAUUCCUGAGAGCGUUGACUGGAGAGAGGAAAAACUAGUGACAGAUAUCAAAAAUCAGGGAAUGUGUGGUUCGUGCUGGGCGUUCUCUGCUACCGGCGCCUUGGAAGGACAGCAUGCUAGAAAGACUGGAAAACUGGUCUCCCUCUCCGAACAAAAUCUUGUUGAUUGUUCCACAAAGUACGGAAAUCAUGGAUGCAAUGGUGGAUUAAUGGAUUUGGCUUUCGAAUACAUUAAAGACAACCAUGGAAUUGAUACAGAAUCCAGCUAUCCUUAUAAGGGAAAGGAUAUGAAAUGCCACUUUAACAAAAAGGAUGUUGGUGCUGAUGAUAAAGGAUACGUAGAUCUCCCAGAAGGCGAUGAGGAUGCUCUCAAGGUAGCACUUGCAACUCAAGGACCUAUUUCUAUAGCAAUCGAUGCUGGACACCGAAGUUUCCAACUCUAUAAAAAAGGAGUUUAUUUUGACGAAGAAUGCUCGUCUGAAGAGUUGGACCAUGGUGUUCUUCUUGUUGGUUAUGGAUCCGAUCCAGAAGGUGGUGAUUAUUGGCUUGUUAAGAACAGUUGGGGAACUGGUUGGGGAGAGAAGGGCUACAUCAGGAUAGCUAGAAAUAGAAAUAAUCACUGUGGCGUAGCAACUAAGGCUAGUUACCCUCUAGUCUGA